ACGAUAGCGGCUUCUUAAAUGCAGAUGUGUCGUGUAUACCAACGUCAGUCGGCUAGCGGCAGGCGGCCGGAGCCCUCGAUCAUGGCUCCAGACAGCCGGUCCAACAUAUACGCUAUCCUUUGUAGUGACUGUAACGUUCGGCCGGUAUAAACGGUUCGCGAAUGAAUGUGACCACACAUUCCGCUCGCCAGUGACAUGUAACUAUAUUUAUCGUCGGACGUCAUUAUUAGAGAAACUUUUAAAACUACUUCCAACUUACGAAAACGGCCUAAAACGUUAAGUUUAAUGUAGGAACGGACACUCGAUUAGUGAUCAAAUUUAAUUAUGAAGUGAACAAAGAAAGGAUUGUACCCGGAAAGAGGGGCGGGAGGAACUGAUGUAGACACCAGAGCGACGAGGAUGGAGCUCUGGGUGACGGCAGCUAGCUCGCUGCUGGCAUUCCUGUUGUACUACAAUACCUUGGACGCAGGAUUUGUUUAUGAUGACAGGCGGGCGAUUCUCUCCAACCCUGAUGUCAUCGGCCACACACCUAUAAACGCAUUAUUCGAAAACGAUUUCUGGGGAACACCGCUCACAGACCCCGGUUCACACGGCUCAUACAGGCCGCUGUGCGUCGCUACAUAUCGAUUCAACUACGCUUUUAGUGGAUUCAAACCGUGGAGCUAUCACCUCCUUAACGUUAUAUUCCACUGCACAGCGACUGCAUUAGUUGUGGUGACCGCCCGGCGCUUGCUGCCAGCCUAUUGUAUGAGAGUGGGCACUGCAGUCACCGGCCUCGCUUUCGCAGCACAUCCAAUUCACACAGAAGCGGUGGCGGGAGUGGUCGGCCGGGCGGACUUGGCCGCCUGCAACCUGUUUCUAUUGAGUUUCCUUCUAUACAGCGAGCACAUACGACUGCGAGAGGAGAGACACAAGAAACAAUGUAGGCAUACAGUCAAAGACAGUGUAAUGCGACGACCGAUGCCGUCAAACGAUCCUCCAUUCAGGUUGAGUUGCCACAGCUUGGUGCAACACAUUAUGAUGAACGUUCGCAAACUGUUAAAGGCCGGUAAAGCGGGGCCUAUGAAGAUAUGGGACGCCUGUGAGGUUAACGGCGCAGUGAGACUAAAGUGUCAGUUCAGUGGUGGUGUCAGUGAAGAUUCAGGUGAACUGUUGCAGUGGGUCACGUUGGCGGGGACACUUACGUUCGCCGCGGCCGCCACUCUGUGCAAAGAGCCGGCUAUAAUGGUUCUGCCUCUUUGCAUAUUCUAUGACUUUCUUAAGGGCACUCGCUACGAGGAACCGUACUAUAAGCAUCGCUGGCGGAGCGUUUGCGCGCUGGGGACCGGAGGCUUCGCCCUCCUGUACUGGCGGCUGCGGCUCGCCGGGGCGCCCACAGCCUUCGCGGCGGCUGAUAACCCCGCGUCGCGAGACCCCUCAAUUCUAACGCGCCUCUAUACUUUCGCUUAUCUCCCCGUCUUCAACUUCUUCCUCCUUUUAUACCCUUUUCAUCUGAGCUUCGAUUGGUCGAUGGACUCGAUACCGAGAAUAACGACGUUGUUCGACGCCCGGAAUAUCACCACUGCGAUAUUCUACGCCGUCAUUUCAAAAGUGACCUGGCGAACACUUACCAAUGAAUUCAAAAAGCACCAAGACAAUUUAUUUCGUGAUACAAAGUACUACAAAAAACAGAACUGUAAAAUUAAGCACAAAUGGAAUUAUAGUAGCAAGCAGUAUAAUAGAGGACAAGACUGUUAUGAAAGAAAAAGCUAUCAUGCGCCGCACAAAGAGAAUGUAUCAUCUAAAAAGCUAUUGUGUCCGUGCACUGGCUGCAAACAUUCACUCACUGAUGAGCACACGAGUGUGUGCCGCGCGAGCAACAACAAUAACAUAACGAUGCACAACUCUAGUUGCAUCUGUCCGAUAUCGUUUGCGAAGUCCAAGGCGAGCACCACGCACAGGAGCGUCUAUCGCAGUCCGCAAGUUGCGUUGCUGAUGUUCAUGGCGUUUAUGGUACUGCCAUUCGUGCCUGCGACUAAUUUACUUUUCUACGUUGGCUUCGUAGUGGCGGAGCGUGUUUUAUACAUACCGAGUGUUGGUUUCUGUUUAUUGCUCGGCUUGGGGGCCGGCGUGUUGACACGGAACUGGCAUCGCGGCGAGACGCGCAGCAGGCUGUUCAUGUUGGCCCUGCUCGUGACCUUGUCUGCCAUGUGCGGUUACACCAUGCGGAGGAACCUUGACUGGCGCGACGAAGAAAGUCUCUUCAGAAGCGCACUGCGAAUUAACCCUCCAAAAGCAUACGGCAACUUGGGCAGCGUGCUGACCACACAGGGACGGACCGCGGAAGCGGAAGUAGCCUUCGAGAGGGCUCUCAAGUACCGCCCCAAUAUGGCUGACGUGCAUUAUAAUUUAGGAAUAUUACUACAAAACCAAAGACGUUACAGCGAUGCUAUCAAAAGUUUCGAGAGAGCAAUUUACUUUAGACCUUCAAUGGCUCUGGCAUAUGUGAACCUGGGAACAUCGCUAAUGGCGGACGGGCGUCUCGCGGAAGCCGCAAGCGCACUGCGCGCCGGCUCCCGAGCCGAAGGCGUGCGCGUACGCGACCGAAGAGAGCACGACGCCGCCCGAGUGUCGGCGCUCGUACAACUAGCAGCCUUACACUCACAGAGAGGCCACUGGCACAAAGCACUGUCCGCCUACAAAGAAGCACUGCAAAUACUCCCCGACACAAACACACCUAUCGUUGGCUGGACACGACAUAGUGUCCUAUCAAUGGUGGGGGAGAUUUAUGUGCAGCUACAACAAUGGCCGCUGGCCGAGAACAGUUUAGUGUCAGCGCUGGCCGCCGCGCCGCAUCACGCGGGCACACACGUCACAUUAGCGCAAAUACUCGCCAGAAAUGCAAGUAGGAGUAUGGAAGCAGAAAUGUGGUUUAAAAAAGCACUAACUUUAGCGCCUAACGAUCCAUCAGUAAGAGAUCAGUUCGGCAUGUUCCUGAGAUCACAGCGUCGUCUCAGGGAGUCAGCUGAGCAGCUAGUAGCAGCCGCCCAGUUGUCCCCCUCAGACAGCGUGCGCGCCGCGUCGGCUGCGCGAGCGCUUAGGGACGCGCGACGUUGCCGCUCCGCCGAGCGGUGGUAUGCGCGAGCAGUGCAGUUAAAUCCUGAUGAUGCCGAGUAUCAUUCCAACCUCGGCGCCAUCCUCCACCUGAAUGGCAAGUAUGCUGCCGCCGCCACGUCGUACCGGCGCGCGCUGCAGCUGCAGCCCAACGAUGACAUCACCAUCACUAACCUCAAGCGAGUUAGAGCACUCAUGACCAAACAACGCAGAAAAUAAACAAACCCAAGCCUCUUGUAAAUCGACACAUCAAAUAGAAAUUAAUAGGAUGUCAAUUGCCAAAAGAAUUGUUAGAUACUGAGUACAUAUUAUUUUAUGCGUUUGUAAAUAAGCCACUAAAUGUUUAUUUACUCGUCUAAUAGGUUUAUUGCCUGUGCUUGUAAAGUUAUGAAGACCAAAUGUUGGUAGUGUAACUGCCUACCUUACAGCAAGAAUCAUCAUAGCAGGUAAGUACCGAUUUUAGCCAUAAAACAAUGUAAAUUGAUAAAAUCGAAUUUUCAUACUUCGUCAAUGUACUGAUGAGGUUCUCCUUCAGACACGAUAGGUAUUAAGUAUUAAUAUUUAAACCGUAUAUCAUUAUCGUAAAAGGAAUCAUUAAGUUCCUUGAAAUUAUUCAAUUAUAUCCGUAAUUAUAGGUUUUCAAGCACAACGGUAAAUUCUUAUGUGAUGAAUAUUGAAUGAAAUUUGUUAUAAAUGAUCUUAUUGACAAAGGCGUUGCGCUUUAAAUAAUUAUUAAUAAAAACAUUGAAUUAAUUUUGUAGUUGAUUGAAUUAUAUUUUCUCUGCCAGUACGAAAACUUUUUACUAUAUAAAACUUAUUUACCUCUUUAUGCAAUACAGAAUCGCGCGUUCUUGUGGUUUCAAACGAAUACACUGAAGGGUCUUAAGACAACGUUAUAGGAGUAGUUAGAAAUUAUUGUAAAUAGAUUUUUAAAACAAACAAUUUUAUACGUGUGCAAAUAUAAAUCUAUGAAAAGUUAAUUAUUAUCAUUUCAAUGGAAAAUGAUGGUAUUCUAUUGUUAUUAUUUUCGUCUUCCAUUACUUUAACUGUCUGUACCUUGAGAACUGCCGGACCUAAGACAAUGGACAUGUUAUCAAAGUGCAAGGCGAGUGUAUAAACUGUGUAUCAUAUAAAAAUAAAUGUAUUUUUUUGGUGGACAAAUGCUAGGGUCUAAGCAGGUCUUGCGAUACUAAGCCUACUGUGAAAUACUGGUUGUUCAUGCCAGGGUGAAAGCCAAUCCAUUAUACUGGAAGCCGUCGGUAUUACCUUCUAAUUGUGUUGCGGCUUCAAUUCAUCGACGGCGACCGAUCGCCUUCGGACGACCUGCCACCUAAUCCCUUCUAUUAUCUAUAACAUAUAAAUUAUAGGUGUGGCCAUAGUCUCUCGAAUGAUGGACACUUUAAGUGCCACUCCUUUUGAAGCCUGUACUGAUUUAUAUACUUGAA